UCUCGCUCGAUCCGAGAGAAUAUAACUCACUCGCCUCCACGACCUCCUCCCCCUGCUCACGGACUGCCACGACAGAAAUCACCCCUACAGAUACACACCUGUUUUCAAAGCCAAGGUCAUUACAUUCCACCGACACAAUAAACCCCUUGCAUUCUCCACCGAAAGGAAAAAGAAAACAAAAACCAAUAAUGCCUCCCGUCCGCUCUCGGGCUCACAAGAAGCCGCCCCCAGCGGGAUUCGAGGACAUCGAAGACACGCUCCUCGAGUACGCGAACAAGAUGCGCGACGCCCAGAACGCGUCGCACGAGGGCAAGAAGAAGCACGAGGCCCUGUGGCCCAUCUUCCAGAUCUCGCACGCCCGCUCCCGCUACGUCUACGACCUGUACUACCAGCGCGAGGCCAUCUCGAAGCCGCUGUACGAGUGGCUGAUCAAGAACGGCUACGCGGACGCGGCCCUGAUCGCCAAGUGGAAGAAGCAGGGGUACGAGAAGCUGUGCUGCCUGCGGUGCGUGCAGACCAAGGAGACGAAUUUCCAGGGCACCUGCAUCUGCCGUGUGCCCAAGGCGUCGUUGAAGAGGGACGGCGAGGCGGGCGAGGGCGAGGGCGGUGGUGGUGGUGGUGGCGGGCUCCAGUGCGUCAAUUGCGGGUGCAGAGGGUGUGCGAGCAGUGAUUGAGCUGAGCGUGGUUGGAGGGUAGCGGUGGCCGCGAACCGGUUGGCCACGCGCGCGCGCGGCGCCCAGAAUUCUUGAGAAUCAAUUGUUUUCACAACACUGAGAGUGCUGGAUUGAGCACCAUCUGGAGGUUCUGAUAUGUCAGGGAGGCGGGCUUCUUUCACCGGGUACCGAUCGGGACAACCAGCUCGAUCAGCGACUACGUCCCCCGGGAACGGGCCCUGGCAGGAUGGCGGAGGAGACGAUGAUGAAAUGCGCGAAUGAUUGAUGACCAUCCUCCCACGAGUCUAGACUCUUUGGAUACCCGCCCGUGGUAUACCAUGUCGGCGGGGUAUGCCAACGGACGACACCGUCAUCUACAAGUAUGUGUCGGAAGACGACACAGCGCUGAGAGAUUCUACGUUCCCCGUCCAUCACCGAGACGAAGGGGAUGAAUGCGAUCGGAUGGGCCGGCUGUCUUCUGGGGGUUGCAACCCAUGAGGCAAGCAUAUGGGGAAUUAUCGUCCUGGCGUGUCCCGUUGCAUCUGCGGGAUUAUGCGGCCAAAGGUACCGUGUUCACAGAGUCUGACCAACGGGCUUAUUGUGGACUUGAGCCAGAGCAACAGCAGAGAAUUGACACUCGUCUACAAAACAAAAAGGGCUUCGUUAGGUAUGAAGGUAUGUGUCCAGCACCAUCAUCCCUUCGGGAACAAAUGAGAUCCACCUCAAAAGAAUGACCAGUCUUUAGUUUCCAUACUUUCCAAAUCUGCUCCACGAUAUGAUCUUUCAGAGAUAACUUCCGUGCCAGUAGUC